AUGAGGUGUGCUCACUGGAGCGGGAUGAAUGGAACGGCGAGAGUCGCGCCUCAUUUCAUUACUCUCUUUUUCUCUCUUUUUCCUAUUCAUCGAACACCCGACCACAAUCUGGAAGCAUCUCGAUCCAAAUUUUGCUGGCGGCUCCCAAUUGCAUUCAUAUUUUUCAGCGCUCGUCUUAUAUCCCUUCUCUGGGAGAACCAUCAUUAUUCAGCGCCGCACAUUUUCUCAUUUUACCCUCAAAUGUAAUUCAAAUUUCAUUUUCAAACCUACUUGUUUGCACGUGGAAUGGCUCGGUUGAUAUCUGCUUUAUAGCCGACUUGAAAUACAGAGCUUUUUCUCAAACUUUUCGCGCUCAAACAUAGUAAAUCCAUUCCGAAUUGAAAGGCGAGGGAGGCGGAGAAGUAUGUGGGACGCGUAGCGUGUGCGUACGCGGUUCUUGGCACGAGUUCAAAAAGCUCUUUUGGUAUCUAUUCUACUGUUUUUAAUUCACACAUGAGAAAGAUCAAUAAACAAUUUCAAAAAAAACGAAAAGAGCGAUAAAGGAGCUCUUAAAAUAGUCGGUGGCGGUUGAAUUGAACUCGUGCCAAGAACCGCGUACGCACACGCUACGCGCCCGUCUUCCUCGCCUUUCAAACCGGGAAGAAUUGACUGUAGACGUGCAGAAGCUUCGCAGCCACUCACUUCCAGUCAUUCGACGUGCGGCCAAGUUGAAAAAUUGGAAUAGUUAGUUCUGAAAGAAAUGAAGACGGAAUUACAGGAUGGAGUGGUAUCAUUGGGUGGUGGCGGUGGCAGCUCCGACGGCACUUCUGGCCUCUUUCUGGCUGUGUCGACGGUUUGCCCGAAGCUCUUCUGAUUCUUACGACGUCGGCAAGAAGGGAACUCUCUCCAGUCCGCCGCUUCACAAAGAGUUCUACGUCUGA